AUGCAGCAGCGCGUGGAGGAAGUGGUCCCUCUUCUAGUCGCGGCCAAACAGCAGCAGCGCGUGGAGGAAGCGGUCGUGCUCGUCUUCGGUCCACUUCUCCCAUCAUCGACAACUCUUUGCGCAGUUGCAGACUUGCAGGUGCAGCAGCAAAGCAAGAGGGUUUGUGAGACAGAGCAGCUCGAUCUGCUGGCAGUGGCACUGAGCAGCACUGGAGUUGCAAGGAGGGCGAGCAAGGAUGGAUGUGUUUUACAAACAACCAACAUUCAGGGGUACAAAGAAGUUGUUACCCAGCAGGAUAAGCAUGAAGAAAUAGCUUUCGUUGAUGAGAUCGCUAGAACAGCGCCAAUUAAGUACUUGCACCGGUACUUAGUGCAGAAGGGGGCUGUGCCUCAGGACUACGAGGACUUCAAGAGAAUGCUGACAUCCCUAUGGUUUGAUUUGUAUGGAAGAGGUGGCAACUCUAGCUUCUCUUCUGCCUUUGAGCAUGUGUUUGUUGGUGAGAUCAAAGGACGGGGACAAGGGGAGAGUGAGGUAUCGGGCUUCCAUAACUGGAUUCAGUUUUACCUGGAAGAAGACAAGGAAAAUGUGGAUUACCAAGGUUAUAUAUUUCCAAGGCGUCGUGGUGAAUCGCCUGAUUCAGAGAUACAGCUGCUGACUGUUCAGUUUGAGUGGCAUGGCGUGCUGAAAUCAGUAUCCAGCACGUUGAUUGGCGUCAGUCCUGAGUUUGAGGUUGCACUCUACACGUUGUGCUUUUUUGUUGGAGGGGAAGAUAACCGUGUCGAUAUUGGCCCGUACAGUGUGAACGUCAAGUGCUACCGAUUGGGGAACAACAAAAUUGGAUCAGCCUUUCCCAUUGCAGAGAACUGAUUAUCUGGUGUUAUGCUUCUGCAGGUUUCCAAAUCUUCACUUUCUUUGUUUUAUAAUCAAUUACGUGAAGUUAACACUGUACUGUUCAUGGUCAGCUUGUUACUUGUGCAUGAAAAUGUACCAUACUGUUCAAUUUGUUGCUGCCAUCUCCAAUCAUAUUGCUACUUGCACUACUAAAAA